AUGAAGAUGGCGGACGCGAAGCAGAAGCGGAACGAGCAGCUGAAGCGCUGGAUCGGCUCCGAGACGGACCUCGAGCCUCCCGUGGUGAAGCGCCAGAAGACCAAGGUGAAGUUCGAUGAUGGCGCCGUCUUCCUGGCUGCUUGCUCCAGCGGCGACACGGACGAGGUCCUCAAGCUGCUGCACCGCGGCGCUGAUAUCAAUUACGCCAAUGUGGACGGACUCACUGCCCUGCACCAGGUCUGUGCGCCCCGCCGCCGCUCUCCUGACCCUGCCGGUCCUCGUUAG